ACCGAAGCCAAGCACCCGUUGGAUGCAGUAGUAGCCGCAACAAAGAAGAAGGCAGAGGACGCCGAGAAGGCACGUCUGUUGGCAAUUGAACAGCAGCGCCAGCAAGACGAGGCAGCAGCAAAGGCUGCCAAUGAAGAAUGACUUCAACGACGCGAGAAGAUAUUCAGCGGAGAGCGAGCUUUGCUCACAAUGGCAGCGGACUGGCCGGUCGAGGCUGCGAAUGGGAAGCUGGAAGAGAGUGGAAACAAGAUCUCUCUACUCCUCUCCCAUCUCACGGACCUCCUGGCCACGUGCAUUGCACAGCAGGAGGACAUUCACAACCUCGACGACGAGGUUCAGACACACAAUCAGGUGUUUGACCAACUCACCAGCCACCUUCAGCAGUUGGAACAAACCGUCGCCGCCCCCGUUGCCAGCUCUUCCAACACCUUCGAUCGCCUUGAGGCAUUCGAGAUUGACGUCGGAUCCCUCAAGGACGGCGUGCAGUUACAGCAAAACGCCAUGCAACAGUUGGAGGAAUGGAUCUGUACUGCCACCACUCACUCGAGAUCGGAACCACACGAGACAACUCCAAAGUUCGAUGAUCAGGAGAUCCUCUACGAUUCGAUGAAGACGGACCUGAUUCCGUGGUUCCGCAAAUUCGAACUCAAGUUGCAACUACACUACGUCAUCGAGCACAAGCAUCACGCGUACUUAUACUCCCGCUCGGGAGGCGCGUGCCAAGCAUGGCUGGACAAUCUCUUGUCCAAGUACGGAGUGCUGGCUGUCGACUUGCAUACCAAGAUCAGCUGGGAUGAUCUAAAGACAUCGCAAGGGCAAAUCAGGAAGCUGAGAACCGUCGGGAGUAAGUCGACGACACUCUCGGCGCCUUCUGAACCGGUCACUUCGCGGGUGACCGCCCUUCGUUCUGAGGCACAUGCGGAAGUUGAUAGUCCUCUUCUUUAUUCUUUUGAGGACUAUGUUGCCCUGCUCAUUCCUACGCUGGGUACUCAUGCUCAAGGACAAGACGUGUGUGCGACAUCUUCUCCGUCCGGCAACGACAACUUAUCGUCUUCAAGUGGUUCGUCAUGGGAUUCAGUGAGCGAGUUCAACAUAGAGGCAUUGGACUCGCUCACGUCCGAGGAUUUCGCAUGGCUUCCUCUUCCUACCACGGGCCUCUUGCCGAGACAGCAAUGUGCAGCAUUAUGGGCUCAUCUUCAUACGUACUUAUCCUUCUAUGCACCACCAACUUCGUCGAUGGAUGACGAAGUCGCGGUGGGGGACAUCCUUGUGUAUGUUACCAAGGGGGCCCGCGAGUUUCACAAGCAGCGGUACGAUGACAACAACGCACCGCUCCUCUAUGUCUACGUCCAAGUUGGGCAAGCGUCCUGCAGCGCUUCGCUGGAUAGCGGCGCGUCUCGCAAUUUUAUGAGCCUGACCUUUAUGCAAAAGGUUGGCAUUGGCGCACAAGUUCGAAGGAAGGCAAACUGGACGACGAUCAACUUGGCGGACGAAAGGACGCAACAACUUAUCGACCACUACAUCGAGGUCAUACCAGUGUAUUUCGCACCUCAUGCAUGCAAACCGGUGACAUUCGGCAUUUUGGACACGGACUUCGACAUGCCUUGGCUUGCAAGUGCGGAUCACAUGGUCAACUUCCACCUGCGGACUCUUACCGUUCGCGACGUCUUCGGCGCUGAAGUUAUAGCAGAUGACUCAUACCCAACAGGUACUGGGAGCGACUUGCCUGGCGGCCGCUGCGACGUGACCGCAACCCAGCUGUGCGUUCUGGGUAGUGGCGCGGAAGCGCUGCCGGAAUUUUGCGGCGGCUGCACAGGUUCUAACGGAGGUGGCGUGGAAGCGCUGCCGGAUUUUUGCGGCAGUGGCAUUGGGUUCACGGCAGUGGUGGGGAAGCACUACCGGAUUUUUGCGGCGGCGGCAUUGAUUUUAACGGCAGUGGUAGGACUGAUUUUGAAGAUCGGAACCGAAAUAUUAGUAUGGCUAUUGAGAGCGUAUGUGGUACUUGGAGACGGCGUGGACUUGCAAUUGGUUGUGAGUAUCCGUAGUGGGGGAAGUACCGUUGGGAUUGUUAGGACCACGUGGGACUCAUUGUUGAGAACACCCUCCUGGAGGGUUAUCUCACUUGAGUUUUUCAGUGGAUGUGACUUUGGCUCAUACGAGCACUUGAAGAUUAAGGUGGUCGUCAUUCAGUGGAACGACCAUGAGUCGUGGAGUUGUGAGCUGCAUAUUUCCAGCUUUGACGACUAUCGUCUUUUCAACUUUGACUAGAAUACUAUUCGGCUUUCUUGAGUGAGCCGAAUUAAACUUCACUGAAGGUAGGUAGGAGGAUGCUUGCUAUGGAGAUUGACUUUGCCUGUUGGGGAAAAGGAAAAGGAUUGUCCUCUUUCUAUCUUUCACCAGCCUACAUGUCAGAGGUUCUUGAAUUUUGGAAAGGAUAAUUUUAAGAAAAGCAGUAAACAAAAGUUGUGAAUAUAAUGAAAAUGCAGUUAAUUG